AUGGCAUCUGCCUCUUCCUCCGUCGUGGCCGGAGUCGAGAAGUCCACGACGGAGAAGUACCGCAUCCUUGCGCACGGGAGUACAUAUAUCGACGUCGUCUACACCAAUGAGGCGGCGACUGUUGAUAGAAUUCUUCGUAUGUACGAGGGUUGGCUCGACGAGGACGAGGACAGGUUCAAGUUCAUUGGUCUGGAUCUCGAGUAUGACUCUAGCGGACACAAGUUGGCGGUAAUGCAAAUCGCCAUGAGGGAGCACGUUCUUGUAUUCCACUACAUUAGGUGCAAGGAUCAUUGUCCGCGCCUACUGACUUUUCUCAAGGACAAGCAAUACACUUUUACAAGUGUUGAUAAAAGAAAUGACACAAAAGUUCUUCGUGCGGCCGGUCUUCCUGUUCCAGAAGAGAGACACAUCGACAUCCAGGACAUUUUCAAGAUUAAUGGUCAACCGCAGGCUGGAAUGGCUGAUCUUGCAGCAAAGCUCAUUGAUCCCAAGUUUGCCAACAUGAAGAAGGACUUCAAGUACAACCGGCUUCGGAAGGAAGGGCAUGGUUUCUGGGAAUGCAAGCCACUGUCCUGGAUGAACCUCGAGUACGCAGCUAUUGACGGCUAUCUCGGUUAUGAGAUAUACAACAAGAUCUACACGGUGAACGAGGGACAAGCUCACCUCCGAGAGAUCGGACCACAUCUGCCCCGAGAUGCAAAAAUCAGGAUGAAUCUUCAUCAAUGA